UCGCGGCAGAUGGUAUCUCCUCGUGCGAGGUAUCCACGGCGUGUCCGGUGCGCCGUGUGAGCGAAGAGCAAAGUUCGCCCGAAGUUCGCCGCGACUUCUUCUCGCGGAAGCCGCUGGACGCGGCCCGGAAGAGCGCGCAGUUUCUCAAGCGCUCGCGCGCACCGCGCCGCGCCGCUUGGACACGUGGUGCGUGCCGCCAGCGGGACGUGCAAAAUACCCAGGACAAUCGCGUUAAUUGCGAGAGAGCGGCGCUGCAAGAUCGAUCAGAGCCGUGAAGCCUUGAGGGGAAAGAAAGCGAGAGCGGCCGAUUGAUUCGGCGAUCAGACGUCGAUGGAGAAGCACGCGGCCGCCUCGCUGCUGAAGUUCGGCUCUUGUGGAGACGAAGAGACGGCAAGAAGAGGAAGAGGAAGAGCGCGAGGACAGCAGGACGAGUGCCGGCUGAGCGACUCUCGAUGAAGCGUUAAUUAAGCAGCCGCUUGCACUCCUCGGGACGUAAAGCCGCGAUACAUUAAGCAAACGCCGGGGAGGACGAGUGGAUUUGCGCGGAUAUCUGAGGGACUCGGCCGGGGGGGCUGCUUAAGUACUUGACAAUUUGGUUUGAAAGAUACAAGACGACUGAGAAACACUUGGCCGGCCGCCAAGCCAAGCGAAGAGAAGCGAAGCGAAGCCGCGGAAGCUAAAAUCGUAGCGAUAUCAGUUCCGGCGGCCGACGAUUAAACUGCCGAGCGCGCGAGUAAUAAUUCAACGUCACCCGGAUCGGAACUAUUUUCACUUUCGGCGUAAUCGGCAAGCGCCCGGCAGGAUCCGAGUCCGAUGACUCAGGCGUAAUUCGAAACUGCGAAUUCGCGGGAAAAUCCGCGGACAGCGGGGAAAAAGUCGGCGUCGGCGGGCUCGUCGCUAACAAACCGUGGUUCGCUGGACGUCGCAACGACGAGUCGCGUCGUCUCCGUCGAGCUGCCCGACAACGUAACCGGCGGCUUUCGUUCAGUUUUCGAGGCAGCAGGAAGAGACGAAGAACGCGAUCGGCGACCAGUGCGAAGCGUGUAUGUGUCCUUGCGGAGCAGAAGAACUGUGCGUGUUACGGUACGCGAUUGCAGAUAAUAACGCAACGAUAGCAAGAGAGAGAGGAGGAGGAAGAGGAGGAGAAGGAGAGUCACGUCGGCAGAGAGCAUCCGCGAGCAAACGGAAGCGACAACGGAGAGCGACAAUCGGAACGCGAUGCCGAGCGAUCUUAUUAGCGGCGGGGAUAAUAAUCGGGAGCGAUCGCUCUCACGUGUAGGACAAACGGCUAAUUGCAGCCUCCGCGUCAUUAUGCUCACCGCGAGGCUCGUUUCCCUCGUCUGCGCGUUACUCUCGGCGAAGCCGGUAUCCUCGGAGUCGUACCUGCUGAAAUGCUGCCCGCCGGGGCAGCUUUAUUCCGGCUCCAAAUUGAACUGCACCAAGAUGACGAGCAACGCUACGGAGCUGCAGGUUCUUCAUGCUAACGCCUCCACGGAGCUCCAAGGAUAUCCGUUGUGCGACAAACCGGAGGACAUCGUGACGAAGAAGCUUGAGGUUUUCGCUUCCGGCGACUACCUGGAGGUGCCGGCCUGUCUCGAGAUACUCCACAAUGAAAAGAGCGGCGAGAGCCACGUGGUAGCCGUCUUCUGCCGGUCCAAUAGCGAGGACCGCCAGGUGAGGGCGACGAACGCGUCCUUCCCGCAGGUCACGCGCGUCAGGAAGUGUUGUCCUCGUGAGGCGACGUUCGACGGCUACAAAUCUUGCGUGUUCCGGCCGAGCGAUGCGCCGAGUCUGCUGACGUUUCUGCCGAACGUGCCUGCCGGCGAGGAUCACGUGCUGAUAGUUACGCACGGCCCACCCAGGUGCGAAGGCCCGAUCGUCGAUUACGAGAUCGACGAGCACAACGUCUUGCCGUGGAACGGCACUUACUUGGUGACGAUCCCAACGCUCGAGCACGACUCCAUCAUUACAGAGGAGUAUCUCAUGACGGAGGAGAACGCCUGCCUCGAUACGGCGCCGCAUUCCGCGUCCAGUCGCAAACUGAUAGCGCGCGUCUGCAGGGAGCGGGAGUACUGCGAUAGGAACGUCUGCAUCAGAAAGUGUUGCGCUGAAGACGAGUUCUUUUAUGGCCCGGAGUGCAGGGAAAGCGUCGGGACGGAAGCACCAGCGGAAUUCCAUCCGGCCUUCGCGAGCGCAGUCAACGCGACGCUAUCUUCCGCUUCUGGCGCGAUCGAAGAUUACGGGCUCCUGAUUGGGAAGCCAUGCCUCCGCAUGUACCCGGUGAACCCGACGGAGGAGGCAUGGUCGUUGACCUCGCGAGGACACGUGAAGGUCGAAGGCUACUCCGUCCAGGACCUGGACAAGUUUUGCAUGGACGCCUAUUAUAACAAGUCGCAUUACAACAACGGCUUCCAUCUGUUCAUAUGUUUCGACGAUUCAGCGGCGCAGCAGAAUGUGUCGACGAGAUACAAAAUCAACACCGCCCUGGAGUUCACCAGCUGCGCCUUCCUGCUGAUAACCCUUCUGGUGUACUCGUGCCUGCCGAGCCUGCAGAACCUCCACGGCAAGACUCUUAUGUGUCACGCGAGCAGCCUCUUCCUGGCGUUCAUCUGCUUGGCCAUCAUCCCGUGGAUCACGUCGCUCACGUCUUCCAACGGGAAACAGACAAAGGUCAUAAUACCCUGCAAGGCUCUAGCUUAUAUCAUGCUCUUCGCCUUUUUGUCGGCGUUCUCUUGGCUCAACGUCAUGUGCUUCGACAUAUGGUGGACCUUCGGAGGCUUACGUGGGGACACGGUGACAAGAGGACGCAAACACAGACGGAGGUUCCUGCUGUACUGCCUGUACGCCUUCGGUUUCUCCUUGCUGGUGUCGAUCUUGGUCAUCGCCUCCGACUGCAUGGACAUCUUGCCGGACUACGUGCGACCCAACGUCGGCUACACGAGCUGUUGGUUCACACAGAAGCCGGGCUCAUACGGUGAGAUGAUUUUCUUCAUCGGCCCGAUGACGGUCCAGUUGAUAUCCAACGUGGUGUUCUUCGUUCUCACGUCGCUGCAUUGCAACAAAGUGAAGGCGGAAAUAAGAAGAGUCACUUCGGACCCUGCGGAUCCCAGAAGCAAGCGGUUUCAUUCCGACCGCAACAGAUUCGUCAUGAACAUCAAGCUCUUCGUCGUUAUGGGGAUGUCCUGGGUGUGCGAGGUGGUGUCGUUCUUCCUGAAGAGAUACCAUGUCGACUGGCAGGACGCCAUCUUCUACGUCACCGACGUCUUCAACUGUCUGCAGGGCCUGCUAAUCUUCAUCCUCUUCGUUCUGAAGAGCCGCGUCUACCUGGCGUUGCGCAAGCGACUCGGCCUGGACGUCGGGAGGAAACGAGCUUGUAACACCACCACUCUGCAGGAUCCUUACCGCGUGAGGAAGAGCGUGAGCAACAGCACGCUCAUGUCCACCUUCGUGGUCAGCUCGGCGCCGUAAAGCGACAGGAGACUACUUAGCUUAAGUUACUCUUCGCGACUCUUAUGACUCUUCUCGCCGGCGAGUCGUCACGAGCCUGCUUGCGGACGAAAGCGUCAGACAACCAGAUUCAGAUUGUUCUUCCGGUGGUGCACCGAUAAACGACCGUGAUUGGUCAGCUUGUUGCUCUUACGUCUUCAAGCGAGCUCACUGCCCCGGCGAGGUGCGACCUCCUCGUCGUAACUUUCUUAUGCGCGCUCGCUCGACGCGGUUAGCAAGUUUCGUCUCAUCUCGACGUAAAAAUGUCUCGACGGAGCGUGUACUGUUCAUCUUGCCGAGAAUCUGUAGAAAUUCGCGGGCGUUCGACGACAAAGUUGCGGAACUCCGAGUCGUUUGGCGUUCUCACGCUUGCUCGUUUCGUCGACGACACACUGACGACUUUUACACGGAGAAAAGCGUUUAGUUGUAAUUUUAGUUGUAAUUUUGUUGAGUAAUUUUCUGCUGAAGUAUGAACGAUUCAGAAACUCUCGACGGUUGAGCUCGACGGUUGAGCAGAAAUCCGCACUAUUCAGAUUGAAUUCUGGUAUGUUCCUCCGAAAGAUUAUUUUGUUCGACCGGACGUAUUUCUCCGAAUGAGAAAUUGCCGCAACGCCAGUGUUUUUCGAGCUAAUCGGUCGAGCUAGAGGGUGUCGGGUGAGUGCGAGAGUUUCGAUGGGUUUCGCGAUAGAAAAAUGGGCCGGGUGAUUCUAUUAAAAACGAUUUAUUCCCACUUGACCAAGUGGUCGCCAUUGUUUCCCAGUUUCUCGCGUUCAGCGCGCGCGGCGGAUGUAUCGCGCAUUUACAUAUUUCCAAGUGCCGCCGUAAAGCUGGCUCAGUUGCGACAUCUUUGAGAAACCCAUGAAAACUUUCUACAUUCAGCCAAUGCAAAGCUCGGGAGGAUUUUUCCUUAAGCGACGGUGAACCCGUAAUUCUCCCCUCAGAUUCUGCCUGUCACAGGACGCUCGGUCGAGGUAUUUCGACGUGGACGGCUUGCCCCGCCCGCGCCAUCGACAUUUUGCAAUCUGUUGUCACUAAUGAGAGCAAUGAGGAUGCAAUUGGCGUCGCGCAUUGCGACAGGCCGAUGAUGGGCGACGGGUGUCGCAAACAAAACAAAACCCGCCGCUUUUCUGCCGCGCGGCGCCGCGAUUUUAUUAUCCUCUCUCACUUGCUGGCGCAAGUGUUAAUAACUGAUGGCACCAUGAGAGAGUAAUUGCGUUCGAUUCGACGCUCGGCCGACGUAUGAAUGGCGGUAUAAAUAGGGGCUCGGCAGGGAUACCGCGUCGAGAGGCGUCAUUGUACAAAGUUGCCUUUUGUAUUAGCGCGUAUUGUGCGGCGAUGCGCUUCGCUCGCGACGCGGACUGCUAUCUUGACGAACGAGAGAGCCGAAGGCGUCCGUCGGAAGGAGUGAAGCUCACGGUUCUAUGAAAGGCGCGGAUGUUGAUCUUCCUUUUCUCUCUCGUUCUUUCUUUCUUCUUGAACAUUAAUUCCAGCCGCGGAGAUGCGCUGCGACGUUACCAAGAAUACCAAAGAAGGCUUGUAACUUUUCAAUGUUUCCUUCACGCGUCCCUCCCCCCCUCCUCUCCUGCCCCCACUCCUGUGCCGCGUAGUAUUGUAACGCGCGUGUCGCGGAUAAUGUGCCUCAUUGAAGAAACUCACGGGCGACAUUUCUUCACGCGUCGCCGACACGUUCGGUGGCGUGACGUCGAAAUAGCCGUAACACAGAGACACGCAAGUGUGUGGAAGCCUCAUUGUCGAACAAUAUUCCCAAUGUAUCCCUGCGCUUGUCUGUGUUAAGAAAAAAAGAUACCCCGACGUUAAGAAAAAAAGAUACGCCCAUUAAUGUCAAAGGAGACGCUGCGACUCCGCGACUCCGCGUAGGGCGGAAUGUAUUUUUAUAUGGCGCGCUUUUUCUAACGGUUAUUUUCAGAAUAAACCGUUCUUCGAACCGUUUUUCGCACGUCCGUGCGCAAACGAGAGGAGAGCAGCACAU